AUGCCAUCUGCCACGAAAUCUAGCAAGAAUCAGCUCCGGAGAGCUCGCAAAAAGGCCCUGAAGGCCGAGGUGAGCCCAUCGCCUCUGACCACUCAGAAAGACGCUCACAUUUUCCAGACUCCCAGUACGACCGUCGAGGAAAAUGGGGAAACUGACAAACAGACACCCCCUCCUGUCCCUGCACCCCAAGAUGCACCAGAGCCUUCAGUUAUCCCUAUCCUUCCUGUGCCAGACGACCCUCUGUGGGAGAUAUACAAGGGUCUCGCGACCAAGUUUGACGAAGGACCAGGAGAAAAUGCCACAACGAAAGAGGUAGAGAAGCCAGAAGUGUACUUUGAUGACGAAGAUGAGAUUCCCGAUGAGGAGCAAGAGCUCGAGCCGAAACUGUCUAAGAAGAAGCGAAAGGAGCUGAACAAAUUGUCCGUGGCCGAACUCAAGGCCCAGGUUUCCAAACCCGACAUUGUGGAAUGGACAGAUACUUCGGCCGCCGAUCCACGACUUUUGGUUCACAUCAAGGCUCAUCGCAAUGUGGUUCCCGUUCCGUCACACUGGUCCCUCAAGCGUGAGUACUUGUCGUCGAAACGAGGUGUCGAAAAGGCCCCGUUUGCUCUCCCCAAGUUCAUUCAGGAGACGGGCAUUGCCGAAAUGCGUGAUGCCGCACUGGAAAAGCAAGAACAAUCCAGUCUGAAGCAGAAGCAGCGAGAGAGGGUCCAGCCCAAGAUGGGGCGGCUCGACAUCGACUAUCAGAAACUCUACGAGGCCUUUUUCCGCUUCCAAACCAAGCCCGAACUGACCCGAUACGGCGAGAUCUACUAUGAAGGAAAGGAGCACGAGACCAAUCUCAGACACCUGCGCCCCGGCGAAUUAAGUGAUGAACUAAAAGAGCAACGAUUCGGACCUCCUCCAUCAUAUCCUGCUCUAAAAAUUCCGGGUCUCAAUGCCCCUCCACCCCCGGGUGCAAUGUGGGGGUAUCAUCCUGGAGGCUAUGGAAAACCACCUGUCGACGAACAUAACCGGCCACUUUACGGAGGUGACAUCUUUGGUGUGCUACAACCCCAGCAAAAUGCCCAACAGGGAGAACCCGUGGAGAAAGAUCUUUGGGGUGAACUACACGCAUCUGAAGGGGAAGAGGAAAGUGAUGAGGAGGAAGAAGACGAGGAGGAGGGAUCUGAGGACGAGGACGCGGCUGACGAAGAACGAGAGACGGGCAUUCACUCUCCCAGCGGCUUAGAAACUCCCAGCGGCAUGGCCUCCGCGAUACCGUCCGAGUUUGGAGCCACGGAAAAUGUGUCUGGUGAAUUCGACGUCCGCAAACAUCACCGUGGAACCGAAACCGAGGAGUCUAUUCACCCUCGCAGUGCGUACCAGGUGAUUCCCGAGAAGCAGACCAGUGUCUCGGGCUUCUUUGGUGGGGACCGAGCGUACGAUCUCACCUCAUCGUCCGGCGCUCACCCCGUCCUGGGUGUGGACGAGCAGACCCGGAAACGAAAGAAGCCAGGUGAUGUGGAGGUGUCGGUUGAUCUCGAUGUAAUUCAGUCUGGUGACGGGCUCAGCAAGGAAAGUCUCCAGGAUAUUUACGAGACCCAGCGACAGCAACAAAAUCAGCCACAGUGGGGAUUUCAGGAGGAUCUUAGCGACAUGAUUGCUCAGGAGAGUCGCAAGAGAUUACGGAAGGAGGAAGAGCGACGAGGCAAACGCUGA